AUGCAGAAGAUCCUGGGUGAGGAGGACAUUUUCCGCUCAGAUGUGCAGAGCCAGCAGUUCAGGCAAUUCUGCUACCAGGAGGCCAAAGGACCUCGAGAGGUUUGCAGCCGACUCCACCACCUUGACCAUCGGUGGCUGAAGCCAGAAAGGCACACAAAAGCUGAGAUGCUGGAUCUUGUGAUCUUGGAGCAGUUCCUGGCUGUCCUUCCACCCGAGAUGGAGAGCUGGGUGCGGGAAUGUGGAGCGGAGACCAGUUCCCAGGCGGUGGCCCUGGCCGAAGGAUUCCUCCUGAGUCAGGCAGAGGAGAGGAAGCAGGCAGAGCAGCAGGUGAGAGAGACUUUCCCCUGGAUAUUCCAGAGGCGCUCUGAACAUGAGAGAGGGUAUCCCAAAAUUCUCUCUUAAUCCCCCAACCUUUUUUGGAAAGCGUCCAAGGAAUGAUAUCGGGUACCCCUAAAGCUUUUGCCUCUCCCAGUCCUUUUCUAAUGUUUCUCUCCAUUCUCUGUUUCCAAUCCUUUUUGCCCUUUCAGGGAAAGAUUAUCUUUGCAGAAACGGGCCUGGAUUCCUCUGUGGCAGAGAAGACUCCAUUGGACGCCAAAGAGAGACCACUGGGUAAGGAGGAAGGAGGGUUUUUUCCCAUUUGGUCACACAUUCUGUAGAUUUUGCCACUAAUCUGUGGGUCCCCCCCCCAACAUUUUGGGGAGGACACUAGGGGCCAAGAGCCCAAAGUGGGGACAUGUAUUUUUACCUAGCUAAGAUACAAAUGUCAAAAUGCACUCAGUAGGUGUGACUUUUUUACAGGCCCACCUGUAGUUAGAGAUGCACUGCUUUACCUCUAAGAGAAGCAUGUGAAAAUGGCCUGCCACUUACCUUUGUCUCUCACAGGUGACAGAAUGAUGCUGGCAAGAGAUGCUUAUCCAUCUUUGCAUGAAGGCAGAGAUGCAGCAGCUAUGGAACCAGAUCAGGUAGGGAGAAUGAAGGAUUGUGGUGAAAGAGUCCCUAAUAAAUCUCUCUCCUCCUUCUCUUGGCUGUAAAGGCCAUUGCAGGAGCCUUAUGUUCUGAGAAUGGUGAACAAUCACCUCACGUUGACUAGCCUCCUGAAUGUUGCUAAUAUUAUUUAUCAGUUGUUGCAGUUUUAUUUACAGAUUUAACAUUUAAUGCUAAAAUAGGCUUCUAAGCAGUUGACAAAUCAUAAAAACAGUGGCCAGAAUUCAUCUUUCCCCUCCUUCCCCUCCCUGUGACCCGCAGUACCCCCUGAAGUUGACUUUAAAGCGUUGUGAAGGUUCCCCCCACCUCCAGAACAGUAAGCAGGGAGAGCAAAGAGAGGAUCCUUCCAUCUGGGAAACUGGAAUCCAUGAGCAGAGAGAAUUAUUUGAAGAUCACCAUGUGGCAUUCCAUCCAUUCCCCCAAAGCUUAAUACCAGUCAUUAAAAUACACACAAAAAAACAGUUUUGUUAAAACAUUAAAAUAUGCAUCCAUAAUUAAAAUGUACAGCAAAACAAUUACAUUAAAACAAAACAGCAGUGAAUAGGCAGAAAACAACAGAGCAAUGUGAAGUAGAUAAUGUGUAUGUUGUCUAAGAAGGGGACCUUUCCCUUUUUAUUUUAGGGUCUGGUGUGCUUUGAAGAUGUAGCUGUUCAUUUCACAGAUGAGGAAUGGGAGUUGCUGGAUCCUGACCAAAGAGCUCUGUAUAAGGAAGUAAUGGAGGAGAAUCGUGGGAUCAUGGAGCCUCUUAGUAAGGCUGCCUUUUGGAUUACAAUAUCUCUUUUGAAAUUCAGUCCCUGAGGCUGUGAUCGGUUUCUUUUUUGUUGCAGAUGGUGAUGAAUCAGAAAGGAAGAAUGAGGGAGACCAAAUCUACACAAUGGAGAAGCGGUAUCAAUACUUGGAGUGUAUAGAAAGCUUCAGAAUAAUUCAUACAGGGGAGAAACCAUAUCAGUGCUUGGAAUGUGGAAAGAGCUUCAUUCGGAAAUCGUAUCUCCGUUCCCAUAAAAGAACUCACAGCGUGGAGAAACCCUAUAAGUGCUUGGAAUGUGGAAAGAGCUUCGCCUGGAAGGUCAAUCGAACAGCCCAUGAAAGAAUUCAUACAGGGGAGAAACCAUAUCAGUGCUUGGAAUGUGGAAAGAGCUUCAUCCAGAAGAUAAGUUUCACAGGCCAUCAAAGAAUUCAUACUGGGGAGAAACCAUAUCAGUGCUUGGAAUGUGGAAAGAGCUUCAUCCAGAAGAAAAGUCUCACACGCCAUCAAAGAAUUCAUACAGGGGAGAAACCAUAUCAGUGCUUGGAAUGUGGAAAGAGCUUCAGUUGGUACUACAAUCUCAGUUCUCAUCAAAGAACUCACAGCAAGGACAAACCGUAUCAGUGCAUGGAAUGUGGAAAGAGCUUCAGUCGGAAGGAUAAUCUCACUCUUCAUCAAAGAAUUCAUGCUGGAGAGAAACCAUAUCAGUGUUUGGAAUGUGGAAAGAGGUUCAGUCAUAGGUUCCAUCUCACAUCCCAUCAAACAACUCAUACAGCGACAAAGGCAUUUCAGUGUUUUGAAUGUGGAAGGAGCUUCACCCGGAAGGAAAGUCUGACUUCCCAUCAAAGAAUUCAUACCGGGGAAAAACCGUAUAAGUGCUUGGAAUGUGGAAGGAGCUUCAGUUGGAAGAUUAAUCUGACUUUACAUCAAAGAACUCAUACAGGGGAGAAACCAUAUCAGUGCUUGGAAUGUGGAAGGAGCUUCAUUAGGAAGGAAAUUCUCACUUCCCAUCAAAGAACUCAUACGGGGGAGAAACCGUAUCAGUGCUUGGAAUGUGGAAAAAGCUUCAGUCGGAAGAGAAGUCUCACUUCACAUGAAAGAAGUCACAGCGAGGAGAAAGCAUAUCAGUGCAUGGAAUGUGGGAAGAGCUUUAGCCGGAAGGAUUGUCUGACUUCACAUCAAAGAACUCAUACAGGGGAGAAGCCCUUUGAGUGCUUGGAAUGUGGGAAGAGCUUCACUCAUAGAGCAGGUCUCAUGCACCAUCAAAGAAUCCAUACAGGGGAGAAGCCCUUUGAGUGCUUGGAAUGUGGAAAGAGAUUCAGUCAGAGAACUGGUCUCAUGUCCCAUCAAAGAAUCCAUACAGGUGAGAAGCCAUUUCAGUGUUUGGAAUGUGGAAAGAGCUUCAGUCACAGUGCUAGCUUUAAGAACCAUCAAAGAAUCCAUACAGGUGAGAAGCCAUUUCAGUGCUUGGAAUGUGGAAAGAGCUUCAGUCGGUACUCCCAUCUCAGUUCUCAUCAAAGAACUCACAGCAAGGACAAACCAUAUCAGUGCAUGGAAUGUGGAAAGAGCUUCGCUUGGAAGGAAAGUCUCACUCCCCAUCAAAGAAUUCAUACAGGGGAGAAACCGUAUGAGUGCUUUGAAUGUAAAAAAAGGUUCAGUCAGAGCGCCCAGCUCUCCAUCCAUCAAAGAAUUCACACAGGAGACAAAUGA